AUGAAAAAGAGACUCAAAGAAAGUGGCAAAGAGGAGGAUGACGAAGAAGAGGACGAUGAAGAUAAAGGUGCACGAGGUGGUAAGAAAUCUGCCAAACAAGGAAGAAAAAGAACUCGUCUGGAUGAUUUGAAAAAUGAUGCGACGGAGACAGCGAGUGGCACACCAAGAGAUACAGUAACUCCAUCUGCAGCUGGAACUCCGGUUCCACAAGCAGCUGAAACAAGUACGGACGAGCAGGUCAAACAAAAUGGCACUAGUGUAAACGAUGAACAGGUGGAGGAGGAAGAGGAUGAAGACAUGAAUGGAGCUGGCGGAGAUGAGGAAGAAGAAACUGGAAUGAACAAUGGCAACCUCGUGGAAGAAGAAGAGGAAGAAGAAUUUGACCCUGAAUUGCAGGCUUGGAGAACACUUACCGCCAAGUCUCGCGCCAACUAUUGUUCUCAAAGAGCCGAUCUUUUUGAUCAAAAUUCACACCUUCGUUCAGAUUCACCAGCAUUGAUUCGGAAACAAAAUGAGAUGCUGAAUUUUAAUCAUUACUUAUCCAACCAAGAAGUUAUUUCUAAAACCAACACCAGCUUACUUGAAAACGAUGAGCCGUAUUUAGUUGAGUAUGAUGUUACUGGUGGUUUACCUGGGUUUCAAUUUGCAGGAGUCAAUAAACAAGUUGAAGAUAUGACCGAAAACAAAUUGGUCGAUGUAUUUUUACAACAAACUGGAGGUGAUGCAUCGAAACUAAAGUCCAAAUUUGUUUUAUCAAAUGAAUCAGGUUUAAACAAGUUAUAUUUUGAAAAUAUUUCUGAGAUUCAAGAGAUUCGAAAGAUUUGUUUCAAAAUCUCAUUAAUACGACAAAUGCAAACGCAACAAUUUGUUCAUCAUACACAAAUGCAACAACCGGAAAUUGAAAUGAUAAAGGAAGUUGACUGUGAUGCCGCUUCGAAAUUGCCCAAUCACGAUCCAAAUACUCAUGAUGUGCAGUAUGCUGUGUUGAGAAGAAAUGUGGCCAAGAUUGCCAUGCAAACGGGGUUUGAAACCAGUGAAGGUGCAGCCAUUAGCACAUUGACCCAAAUUGCUGAAAUGUAUAUGGGUAACAUUGCCAAGUCGUUGAAAUUGCAUAGCGAAACCAAUUCACGGAAUCGCCUAUCGCCAACGGAGAUUCUUUUGUUAUCAUUAUUGGAAAAUGGUGUCGAUAAGCCUGAUGACUUGUACACUUUUGUUCAGGAAAAGAUUAUCAAACAACGCAACAAAUUAACCGAGUUACGUCUGGGUCUUUCCAAUUUCCUCAAGGAUUUGUUACGGCCUGGGUUGGAAAAUUUCAAUGAAAAGAGUUUUGCUGAUAAUAGUGAGCAAUUCAUGACGGGUGAUUUCUCCAAUGACUUGGGUGAUGAUUUCUUUGGGUUUAAAGAAUUGGGAUUGGAUAAAGAGUACAAUAUGUUGACAUCAUCCAUCCCCAUUUAUUUGUUACAUUCACGAUUACAUAAUCAAUUUAGUGGCAAUGGGCCUUCAAUUAAACGCAACAAGUAUGAGGAUUUACAAGAUUUUGAAACCAAGAAAUUGUAUGCUAAUGAUGUACCGCAACAAAUUGGAUUAUUGAUUCCAUUUUAUGAGAAAUUGUGUGAUCGGUCUAAGCAACAGUUUAUCAAGUUGCAAAAGAAAAAGGGUGAAAGUGUUGAAUUACCUGAUGAUUCACAAUUUGCGUUGGUUGAGGAUGAUGAGUUGCCGCAAAAACAGAGAAAUGUUAGGCCGAAGUUGCCGCCAACUGGUAAAAUCACCACUAUUAAGAAGAAGAUUAUUGCUAGUUCAUUUUUCUUGCCUGAGGAUGAUGAGAUUCGAGAUGAUGUAGUAGAGAAGGAGUCUGAAGCAGCUGGUGCCAAUGAGUCGAAGGGAGCUGAAGCAGCUGGUGCCAACGAGUCGAAGGAUGCUGAAGUGACGAAGGAUGGAAAAGAGACAUCCUCGCCAACAAUAAAGAAGGAAUUAGACAGUGAACAGCAGCAGAAUAAGGACUCCGCGGACCUGGCCGAGGUUGUUGUCAAGCAGGAGAAAAUUGAAACUCCAGUUGUUGAUGAUGAUACAACUGCAAACAAAGUGCCCGAUGGAGGGAAGAAUGAGAUGGGAGAAAGAGAUGUUGAAAAGAGUCCUGAUGUUCCGAAUGUAGCUCUAGAUACGGCAGAUCUAGAUACCCCGAUGAACGAUGUUGCAAAUGAUGCCACCGCUAGUUCGGUAGAUCAAGUGACUAAAUAA